AUGUCAAAUGAGAUUUCCCGUGACGGAGCUUUACGCCGAAAAGAACUGAAAUUAGCAUAUGUGAGAAGCAUAGUUAAUCAUUUGAAUUACUUGGGGUUUUUGAUCAUUAUUUUGGAAUACAUGAAAUUUGAGUCAUCGGUAUGGAUUUUCGUUCUCAGGCUUUUCAUUCAGUCACUUUUGGCGUCGCCAUUUCCUACACAAGUUCAGAUGAGGUUUCUGGCAUUAUCACAACGAAAUCGACAAGUUUUCCCAUCAAGCGAAAUGCCUGUCACUGGCAGUGCGACAGCAGCUAGGGAGCCGUCCAACCUUGCAGAAAUGCCGGGGGCAUUUCCUUCAAGUCAUCCAAACUCCAAUAAUUCACCUACGGGGCAAGAGCAAAGCGAUGAACAUGCGAUUGGACGUUUGAAGUACAAUAUAACGUGGUUUUUGCUACAUUGUUCUGUUACCUUUAAUGUGAUGAUCACCAUGUAUCGACUCUUGAGUCCGAUGGAUUUCACAUACAAGGUUAGAAACAUGCCCUCAGAUCUAAGCAACUCGGGGAGUACACCUUCACCUUUUGAAAAUAGCCAUGGAUUGCUAAACGGAGAGUAUCGCGGCAGAAUUUUCGUGCAAAUGAUCGGAGAGCGGAUUCCUACCAGCAAUGUAUGGGGCAACGCACAACUGUGUUUCUUUAAUGUGUUUAUCAUGAUAUGUCAAAUUGGGCUUUACAUCUUGACCUGCAGUGAUUGUGUGCAGGAAUCGAUCGAAAACAAGACUAGCGCCGGUCAAGAUAGUGAGGAAACAAGUGAGUCUGGUCACUAUGGAGCAGUGGCUGUUAUAGAUCCAAGCGCGUCGCUGGAUCGGAUUCUACGGGAAAGAUAUGAGAAUAACUUGAUAUCUUACCCAGAGGCCACUACGCCGGACCGUACCCAAACCGUGUAA